AGGCGCGGUGUGCAGGGAGGCAGGGGCGUGGAGUGCUGAUGAUGGCUCGGGCGUGCAGGGGCAUCAUUGCCGGCAGUGGGGCGCAGCAGGGCAAGCAGAGUGCAGGCGAUCUGGUGCAGAGCGCAGGAGCUGGUGCAGAGCAAAGCUGGUGCAGGAAGCAAGGCCGGGCGCAGCAGAGUGCAGGCUGGGGCAGAGUGCAAACGAUCUGGGCGCAGAGCAGGGAGCAAGGGCGUAGGUGCAGGGCUGGUGCAGCUAGGCUGGGCGUGCGAGGGGGCGAUGAUGGCUCGGUGCAGGGCAGGUUGCAGGCGUGCGAGGGGGUGAUGAUGGCUAGUUCGGUGCAGAGCUGGGCGCAUGAGCUAGGGGCGUAGGAGCUAGGGGCGUAGGAGCUAGGGGUGCUGAGCAGGCGUGGGAGUGCAAGGCUGGGCGCGGUGCAGAGGGGUAGGCUGGCUCGGCUGCAGAAGAGAGGAAAGAUUGAUGGGGAAGGAGAAGUUGGGGGGGGGGGAGCUAGAGAAAAGCUUUCCUUUAUAGCUUUGUUCUCAAGCUGGUUAAUUAACUUUAACAAUAGAAAAAAAAUUUAAGAGGAUGAGUUUUCGGGUAAUCGGAAAUAUGUUUGUUGGAUGAAAUUAUUUCCAGUGUUUCAUUGUUUGGAUUCAUGGAGAGUUAUGAUUGCAUGGAUCAAUAAGCUUUAUACAAACUGUUUCCUCAAAUUUGGUGUAUGGUACCUCUGGUUUCUGGCAUAAAAAAUGUUUUUUUUUUUUUUUAAUACGUGUUUUGCUCUCUAACCUCCCUUCCUUUCCUUUUGUUGAUUUUCUGGUUGAGGAUAUGUUUUGUCCAACAUUUUUGGAACUACAGUAUCUAUAAAUAGCAAUGUUGAGCAAAGGUUGAGUGAGGGAGAGAAUAUGUUGAGUGGAUUAAUGCAGCUAAUGAAGGCAAGAUUCCCUGACGAGAAUAUCACAAAUAUUCUACAAGCUGCCAACCAAUUAGUUGCUGCCAACAGAUUGGAUAGAGAGGCACAUGCGCCCGUCAAGAGGUUUCGAAUGCUAAUAGUGGGCAAGGUUUUUCUCCAAAUAAUGGUUCCUCUUCACAUUCAAGCCAUCACCUUUUAUCUCGCCAAAAUGAAAGUAAUGAAGAAAAUGAAAGGCAAAGGGAUUGAAAGGCAUGUUUGUAUCUUUUCUUGGAUCUGUAAUUUUUGGCAAUAAGCAUUUAAUUGAACUUUUUUGGAUUCUACAAUUUCUGUUUUUGCCUAGAUCUAUUGUUUUGAGAUUGAUUUAUAUCUAUGGAAUUCCUCUUUUAUGAUUGCUAAUUUAGUGCAUUAAUUAACUAAUUGUUUUUUU